UAAAAACAAUGGUUUCCUUCAAUUAACAAGUCACUCCUCUCCAGCGUCUUCUUCAAUUCACACUUGAAUGCAUCUUGGUUUGAAAAGAAAACAUGAGUCUCGCGCUUCUGGUGUGUGUCAUCCUUUUAGUAGGUUUUGAAGCCGAGGCAUUAUCCUAUGAUUACUCUGCCAGCAUUGAAUGUUUGGCACACCCACAGAACCCUCUAUACAAUGGAGGAAUCAUCCAAAACCCAGAACUGAAUAAUGGACUUCAAGGGUGGACUGCAUUUGGAGACGCAAGAAUAGAACAUAGAGAAUCAUUAGGCAACAAAUAUGUGGUAGCCCAUAGGAGAAAUCAAGCACAUGAUAGUGUCUCCCAGAAGAUUUACCUUCAAAAGGAUAAGCAUUAUACUUUAUCCGCUUGGAUACAAGUGAGUGAGGGCAACGUUCCCGUAACAGCAAUUGUGAAAACAACUACAAGAUUAAAAUUUGCUGGUGCCAUUUUUGCUGAGUCUAAUUGCUGGUCUAUGCUUAAGGGUGGUUUCACAGCGGAUGAAUCAGGACCAGCUGAGCUCUAUUUUGAGGGCAAUAAUACUUCUGUCGAAAUAUGGAUAGACAACGUUGCCUUACAGCCAUUCACAGAAGGGGAAUGGAGGUCUCAUCAAGAUGAAAGCAUCGAGAAGGCUCGUAAGAGGAAGGUGUUGGUCCGAGCAGUUGACGAACAAGGAAAUCCUCUACCAAAUGCAAGCAUAUCUUUUGUACUUACAAGGCCAGGAUUUCCAUUUGGGAGUGCCAUAAACAGUUACAUCCUGAACAAUGGGUUAUAUAAGAAUUGGUUCACCUCUAGAUUCACUGUCACCACAUUUGAAAAUGAAAUGAAGUGGUACAGCACCGAAAAUGUGCAAGGCAGGGAAGACUACUCGGUUGCCGAUGCCAUGUUGCAGUUUGUAAAGCAACACAACAUUGCUGUUCGAGGCCACAACAUAUUUUGGGAUGAUCCUCGUUACCAACCUGGUUGGGUUCCUUCACUCUCCCCAUAUCAGCUUAACUCUGCAGUGGAAAAGAGGGUGAGAUCCGUUGUGUCAAGAUAUAGGGGCCAACUUAUUUCUUGGGAUGUGGUGAAUGAAAAUUUGCACUUUUCAUUCUUUGAAGGUAAACUUGGACAAGCCUUUUCAGGUAGGAUCUUCCAUGAGGCUCAUAAUAUUGAUGGACAAACAACUUUGUUCCUGAAUGAAUAUAACACCAUUGAGGAUAGUAGAGAUGGUGUGUCAAUCCCUGCAAGGUAUAUCCAGAAGCUUAAAAAAAUUCAAAGUUAUCCUGGGAAUGCAGGAUUGCCAAUUGGAAUUGGGCUUGAGGCUCAUUUCUCUGGUCCGGGUAUUAACUUUCCUUAUUUGAGAGCUUCCAUCGAUUAUCUUGCUGCUACUCGUUUGCCAAUUUGGAUUACAGAACUAGAUGUUGCAAGCCAGCCUAGGCAGUCACAGUACUUUGAGCUUGCUCUUAGAGAGUUACAUGGCCACCCUAUGGUCAGGGGUAUUGUGAUGUGGACAGCAUGGUCACCACAAGGUUGCUAUAGGAUUUGCUUAGUAGAUAACAAUUUCAGGAACUUGCCUGCAGGGAAUGUUGUGGACAGACUCCUUUCUGAAUGGAGGUUAAGCAAAUUAUCAGGAAUGACAGAUCAAAAUGGAUUCUUUGAGGCCAAUCUUUUUCAUGGAGACUAUGAAAUGGAAAUCAGUCACCCUGUUAUGAAGAAUUACACCUUCACACAACGCCUACAAGUGACUCCAAUAGAAGAAUACUUCAAGGAAACAAAACAAUUUGUACAACUUUCUAUGAAGUAGUUACUUACUUCUGCAUAUUAAACUUUGAGUAUAUAUAUAUAAUGAAAAAUUGAAAGGCCAUUUCGUACCGA